GUGAUGGUUGGCAGCUACUUGCUUCAGCCAAUAAAAUUAGUCUACAAAGUUUCAAUUAGAUACUCAAGGUUUAUAUCGGCGGCAAUUAUGUAGAAACUUGUAAGUUUUGCCAAUGGAAAACAGGAAAGUCUAGGAAGGAAACGGAUAUUUCUUUUCUGAUAGAACUUCCUAAAUUAUUUUAGUUCUGUACUAACCUUUGGUUGUUGAUGUUUAUUUGAUACUGCAGGAAAAAGCAAUACGAGGAGGAAGAUUGCAAUAGGAGUUGGAGUAGCCGUGGGUGGCUUGGUUGCUGUAGGCUUGCUCUGCCUUCAAUGGUACAAGCACGGUAAGAGGAAGCAGCAUUUGACCUCUUCAAUCCUGCUUGGCCCAACUGCCUCUUCUGAGUCAUCCUUCAACAGAGGCCCCGAAUUGGGCAGCUCACAAUACCAGACCCCCAUCUUCUCAUACGAGGAGCUUGACGAGGCCACUAACGGCUUCAGUACCUCCAGAGAACUUGGUGGCGGCGGCUUUGGUAUUGUUUACCAAGGUACAAAAUACUUCGUAUCUGACUUCAACUAAUUUCUGGUCUUCCUUGCUAUAUAUUCAAACUAAUUCAUACCUAUAUUGCAUAACUGUAUCCAGUAAUGAGCUCUAUCAGCACAAACUGAUGCUUUGCUUUUCUACAGGAAAGCUCCGAGAUGGGCGUGUAGUCGCAAUCAAGCGACUAUACAACCACAACUUGAAGCAUGUCGAGCAGUUCAUGAAUGAGGUUGAAAUCCUCUCACGCCUUCGCCACCAGAACCUUGUCUCCCUCUACGGCAGCACCUCGUGCCGCAGUCGUGAACUCCUACUUGUGUAUGAGUUCGUGCCCAAUGGCACUGUCGCGGAUCACCUCCAUGGCUCCCGUGCACAUGACCUAGCACUUUCAUGGCCCAUCCGUAUGAGCAUUGCCAUUGAAACAGCUGAAGCACUCGCCUACCUCCAUGCCGUCGAACCACAAGUUAUACACCGGGAUGUCAAGACCAGCAACAUCUUGCUUGACAGCAGCUUCCACGUGAAAGUUGCUGAUUUUGGACUGUCACGGCUCUUCCCACUCGACGCCACCCAUGUAUCUACUGCUCCGCAAGGCACCCCUGGUUAUGUUGAUCCUUUCUACCACCAGUGCUACCAGCUCACGGACAAGAGUGAUGUCUAUAGCUUUGGGGUAGUACUGGCAGAGCUCAUAUCAGCAAAACCGGCUGUCGACACCAAUAGGACACUUCAUGAGAUUAAUUUGUCCAACAUGACAAUUAGUAAGAUCCAGAAUUGCCAACUGGAGCAGCUGGUGGAUCCAAUUCUCGGGUAUCAGUCAGAUUGGGAGAUGAAGACGAUGAUCACCGUGGUGGCUGAGCUAGCAUUCAGGUGCUUGCAAUUAGAGAGGGAGAUGAGACCAACAAUUAAGGAGGUUCUGGAGGUGUUGAGAGAUAUAGAGAGUGGAGAGUAUAAGACCAAGAAAGUGGUGGAGGCUGAUGUUCCAGUGAAAGAAGACGCCAGCUUGCUGAAAAAUGCUCUACCUUAUUCCCCGGAUUCUGUUACAGGGAGAUGGGAAAGCAGGUCGACAACACCUCCCACUAGUGAGUGAGGUACCAUUCUUCGCCCCGGAUACUUGGACUCACCUGAUAUUGUACCACAAUAUUAAUUAAUGCAGAAAGAACUGGAGAAGUUUUAUCCAUCAUUUA